CCUUGCAAAAGUCAUAGUAUUUCUUGUAUACCUGUAUUAUGUAUCUUUCCAUGAAGUCACGAGUCAUGCACUCAUGAUCACAUAACAUUAACAUACAUCAAAUAACAACAACAUAAGGAUACACACACGACACUACUGAGUGGGACAAACCAAAUUAAGGAAAAUUGAAGUGUUCGAAAAUCCAAAUGGAGAACUAUUCGUAUCAAUCAUACCCAGAUUCAGGAGAAUCUUCACCUCGUUCUAGAGAAAUCGACUUCGAAAACCCACCCACACCAAUCCCAUGGAACGAACAACAACAUCAUCAACAACAACAAACUAGUAACUACAAAGCCAAGUUCAUGUGUAGCUACGGUGGCAAGAUCCAACCACGAACACACGACAACCAACUCUCUUACGUUGGUGGCGAAACCAAAAUCCUAGCCGUUGAUCGCAACAUCAAAUUCUCUUCAAUCAUUUCUAAACUCUGUUCUCUCAUAGAAUCACCUGAUGUUUCUUUUAAGUACCAACUCCCCGGCGAGGAUCUCGAUGCUCUUAUCUCUGUCACCAACGACGAUGAUCUCGACCACAUGAUGCAUGAAUACGAUCGUCUCUACCGUGCUUCCGCUAAACCCGCACGUAUGCGAUUAUUCCUCUUUGUUAACGAUUCUGAUUCUGCUUCAAAUUCAAACCCACCCGACCCGAUUAAACCUUCCAACGUUGAUUAUAUGUUUGGAAUUGAAAAGCCUGUCGCCGUCGUUGCUCCGCCUCCGCCCGUCGUUAAAUUUAACGAUCCCGUGCCGGAAAUGGUUGCUCCACCACCUGAGUAUCUUACGCGACCGGGUUUGAAUUUGAAUCCGUCUGAUCGGGUUAUUGUUUCGGAUCCGGGUUUGAACCACCCGUUGGAUAUUCAGAGGCAGUUACAACGGAUGCAGAUAGCGGAAAACGAGCAAAAUGCGUAUCGGAGGAAAAGUGAAGAUGGUCUCGUCGGAAAUUAUCCUCCCGGAGAUUAUUACGUUCAGAAGACAACGCCUGAGAAAUUUCCAAUGUCGAACUUCGCGCCACCGCAGCAGCAGCAGCAGCACACUGGUUAUUGGCAGGAAAAGCCUGUUUCUGGGGAGGCUUAUCCACCGGUUGCUCCUGGAGGAGGUGACCAGCCUCAGCCUGUUUAUAUGGUACCAGCGCCGGGAAAUUACUAUCAUGCACCGGUGAUGCGUCCACCGGUAAGUCAAGGAUACUACGCGGUGCAACGAAUGUCAUCUGAUGGUUACCGUGAAGCGCAGGUUUACGGCGGCGCUCCACCUCCCAAAGUGUCGGCGACAUAUGCAGCGGCGCAACCGGUAAAAGGUCCUGCGUAUGCGGAAGGUGUCAGUGUGGUUCGAUCAACUGGGAUACCGGAUAAUGCGCCAGGUUCCUACGCACAAGUGGCGUAUGAUAGUGCCACUGGCAGACAGGUUUAUUAUAAUACGCCGGGUGGGGUAGUACACGCUCCUCCAUACCAAGGUGUUGCUGCACCCGUCACCACAGACGUUAAAGUGAUGAGCAAGAUUUCUCAAGGUUCAGUGUGAUUAAAAGCUGAAAUUAAGAUUAUAAUUAUGCUAAUAUUGAUAUUAAUCCAUUAGUAUAAUUGCAUGUUAUGUUAUUAUUGUUGAACACGAUGUAGAUUGUGUUAUACUAUGGUUGUGUUUAAAUUUCUUUUUAUGUCCAAUAAAUUUAUUUUUGCAUGGUA